UCCAAGCAUGGCAUGAGGCAUGAGAAGACAGUUCCUGGCACACCACAACACAACGGUGUUGCAGAACGGAUGAACCGUACCAUUGUGGAGAAAGUUCGAUGCAUGCUAAGAAUGGCAACUCUACCUAAGCCAUUCUGGGCUGAAGCAGUCAACACAGUAGUUUAUUUGAUCAACCAGUCACCUUCAGUUCCUUUGAAUUUUGAAAUCCCGGAGAAAGCUUGGACGGGAAAGGACGUUGGAUACUCUCACUUGAGAGUGUUCGAGUGCAAAGCAUUUAUGCACGUGCCAAAGGAACAGAGAUCAAAGCUGGAUGAUAAAGCCAUUCCAUGCAUUUUUGUUGGAUAUGGUGAUGAGGAAAAGGUGCAAGCACCAGAAGAUGAGACAGAGGAGCCAACAAUUGAAGAAGAUGAAGCAAGUGUAGAUGGGGGAAAUGAUGAGCAGGGGGAGCAACCCCUGCCACAGGAGGAAGAACCUCAGUUGAGAAGGUCCACCAGAGAGCACAAACCAUCUGCAAGAUACCCCAGUUCUGAUUACAUCUUGAUCACUGAAGAUGGGGAGCCGAAGAACUUCCAGGAGGUGCAGUCUCACCAAGACAAAGACUACUGGAUGAAAGCCAUGCGAGAAGAAAUGAACUCCCUGUACAAGAACAAUACUUAUGAGCUUGUGGAACUUCCCAAAGGAAGAAAAACCCUGAAAAACAAGUGGGUAUUCAAGCUCAAGAAAGAUGGUGACAAGAUAGUCAGAUAUAAGGCUCGAUUGGUGGUAAAGGGCUUCAGUCAGAAAAAGGGGAUUGAUUUUGAUGAAAUAUUUUCCCCAGUGGUAAAGAUGAGCUCGAUUCUCGUUGUGCUUGGUCUAGCAGCAAGCAUGAAUCUUGAGCUUGAGCAGUUAGAUGUGAAAACUGCAUUUCUUCAUGGUGACUUGCAUGAGGAAAUUUAUAUGGAUCAGCCAGAAGGUUUUGAAGAACAAGGGAAGGAGCAUAUAGUUUGCAAAUUGAAGAAGAGCUUGUAUGGACUAAAGCAAGCUCCAAGACAAUGGUAUAAGAAGUUUGACUCUUUUAUGAUGAGUCAUGGUUACCAAAGAACAAAUGCAGAUCCAUGUGUCUACAUCAGAUUAUUCCCUGAUGGCAACUUCAUUAUUCUUUUGUUAUAUGUUGAUGAUAUGCUGAUCUUGGGACAAGAUGUUGAGAAAAUUUGCAGGUUAAAAGAGGAGUUAUCAAAGUCCUUUGACAUGAAGGACUUGGGACCAGCAAAGCAAAUUCUGGGUAUGGCUAUUACCCGUGAUAGAAAGGCUGGAAAGUUGUGGUUAUCACAGGAGAAGUAUGUUGAACGGAUGCUUGAAAGGUUCAACAUGAAACAUGCUAAGCCAGUUAGCACUCCUCUUGCAAAUCACUUUAAGUUGAGUAAACGAUCUUGUCCAACUACCAAAGAAGAAAAGGAGAAAAUGUCAUCUAUUCCUUAUUCUUCUGCAGUCGGUUCAUUGAUGUAUGCAAUGGUAUGUACACGGCCAGACAUUGCUCAUGCUGUUGGUGUUGUGAGUAGAUUCUUGUCUGAUCCAGGCAAGAUUCAUUGGGAAGCUGUUAAGUGGAUCUUCAAAUAUCUGAGAGGUACGACCAAGUUGUGUUUGACUUUUGGGUAGACUGAACCAAUUUUGAAGGGAUACACAGAUGCAGACAUGGCAGGUGACCUUGAUAAUAGAAAAUCUAUUUCAGGGUAUUUAUUCACUUUUGCAGGGGGAGCUGUAUCAUGGCAAUCAAAAUUGCAGAAGUGUGUUGCCUUGUCAACAACCGAAGCUGAAUACAUUGCAGCUACAGAA